AUGCCUAUGCCAGGAAUCAAGUGUCCCAAAUGCGCCGCCCAAGGCGAGGAGGUCUGGGUCAUCCCCGGCAAGAACUGCCACAACCGGCCUGAAACUCUUCAUCACCUCCCAGGAGAGAAUACCCAACUCCUGGGAACGGGGAAAGACCAGGCGCUCUUCACUUAUCCUACCUGGAUUGUGUCGAGCCUGGCUGCCAUUCUUCCCCUGCACACGCCAUUUUCAUCUGGAGGGCUGGUCGAUGGCAGGAUCGACAGGGAGAAGUGGAAGCGACAUCCUAAGCCUUCCGGAGGAGAGCUCCUUGGUAGUUGGUUGGGGUCUACCGUGGAGUUGGAGGAAGAGGAGAGAUCAUCGUGUACAAUAGGGAAUAGGGGGAAAUAG